AUGUUCAAUGUAUACAUUUAUUCUAUACCUUGGAUAAUUUGGAUUUCAGCUUAUAAAAUGAAUCCCAAUCCAGUUUUACAACUUGAAUUGUACGAUCCGCCAAACAAUCUAAGCAUACCAAUUAAUUCAACCCUAUAUUUAAGAUGUCAGGUUCCUGUUGAACCAAAACAAACUGAUAGUAUCUAUGUAAUAUGGAGAUUUCGACAUUCACACAAAGAUCCGGCACCAAAUAUUUGGAGUUUUAUUCACAAGGAUGAUGAUUUAGCUAGAUGUCCGGAACCACCUAACAAAUGUGAAUUCGUUAAUCAGUACAGUGUAUUUAAUAAAUUCAAUCAAUCACCUUUUAAUAACCCAAUUGCAAAUAAUAAAUUGUCUGCAACAGAUGAUAUUGAACUUAUUCAAAGAAGGCAGUUAUUUACACUUACAUUAACUAAUUUACAAUCAGAUAUGAAUGGAUUAUUUCAGUGUCAGACUUUAGUAAAUUUAGAUGCAUAUGAUAAACGUGGAUACUUAAAUAUUCUAGCUCCUCCACAGCAUCCUUUGGAAAUAGUAAGAAUCGAUGAUACUAUGCCACCAGAUACUGAAAUAUUCAAUUAUUUAAAGAAUUUGGAAAAGACGUUUACUAUUAUUAGUGGAAAAUUAUAUUAUUUCAGUUGCCUUAUCACUCAUGCUAAUCCCAAACCGGUUGUAACCUGGUUUAUUCGAUAUUCUAACGGCGAGAUUCGGGAACUUGUUACAUUUGAUAAUUUAAAUUAUAGUAAACAAUUAUGGAAACCAUUUUCAAAUUAUGUGGAUACACAGACAUCUGAUGUUCUAACUCAUGAAGAUGAUGGAACAUUUUUAAAAUGUUCAGCUACAAAUUCUAUGGGUUUAGCAUCUUCUGAAGAAGUGAACUUAAAUAUUGAAUGUAAGUUUAAUUAA